AUGCCCAUUCCCCGCAACGACUUCCUCUUGCUCUGGAAGCUUUCCAGGGCUGGCGACGAAGUCAAAGUCCAAGAGCAGAUCGAGGAGUCCGAUGCCGUGGCGCGCAACCUCGUCAACUUCAAGCACCAUCGCAAAGGCACCACGCCGCUCAUGGAGGCCGCUAAUUGCAGAUGCGGCGAGCCGGUGGUGGCCAAGCUCAUCGCUGCGGGAGCGGAUGUGAACGACGUUGAUGAUACCAGGCUGAAGAACACGGCGCUGCACUAUGCCGCGAUGACGAACCGAGACUCGCUGACAACUGAGACGCUGCUGGAGGCAGGGGCCGAUGCCUUUGCUGUCAAUCGCAAGGGCUUCACCCCUCUCGACAUCGCCCGCCAGAACGGUCGCAAAGUGGUUGGCGCAGUUCUCCUCGAGCACAUGAAGGUGCACGCUGGCUGGCUGUAUCUGCGCGGGAAGUUCCGCUGGAAAAAGCGCUGGGCUGUCGUGCUUGCCUGCAACAAGCAGCGCACGUCCACGGAGCUCUGCAUCUUCCGUCGCCCGGGAGAUCUACGCCCGGAUAUGGUUAUGCUCGUGGACGAGGCUGCUCGGAUGGCACGUUUUCCGUCCACGGACAGCUACUCGUGGCUCCAGCGUGACAACGCGUUCGUCUUCGACAAACCCGUCAUGUGCCACCGCGUAAAGAGACAGAAGUUCACCCGCUCGCCGAUAUGCCGGAAGACGAUGAGUCUGGACGACGUCCAGACCCUCCACUUUGUCUUCGCUGCCGACAGCUUGAACAACCUCGCCCAGUGGCGCCGCGUGCUGCAGAGCUCCAACUUCUACUCGCGCGAGAGCCGAUCGUCACUGUACAGGACGUCGCUGUUCGAGACGCAGAAUGGCGAGCUGUACUACUGGCCGCACGAGCUGGUGGAGAACCUCCGCUCUUCGAUCUUGAGGGAGCAGGAGCAGCAGCAAGAAGAAGCCAACGACCCUCUCUAUCAGCGUCUCCGGGCCACAUUCGAGCAGCGCCAGGCAGACGGAGUCCAGGACGCCCCACGUCAACCAGCACCGGAUCCAUCGCAAGCACCGGCACGAGCUCCAGAGCCCGGCAACGAGGAUUCCGUCAGUGAGCUGCCGCCUAACUUCCAAAGGCGACCUACGCCCGUGCGACGGCCUGAUAUGUCCAGGGUCGUCGACAGCCGCGAGCCCAACCGAGUCCAUUCCACGCCCCAGCACCCAGUGAAGUACGUCGAGGUGCCGUUGGCUGCACAAUCACCGUAUAUUGACGGCCAGCAGACGAACUCCAGUGUCAGCAUCGUCAGCGGCAGCGUGCUUGACACUGCGGGGCCCGAGUUUGCGACGGGCGUCCUCUUAGUGACCGACGACGGGUCACAAGCAUCGCAGCCGCAGGAGAGCUCGAACCAGGAACCACAAGACGAAGGAAACAACAACGAUGAUGACGACGAUGAAGUGAACGAAGAGCAAGAAGAGCGAUCGCAGCCUUCUCAAGCUCAGCAGCCCCAGUCCGGCGACUCGCAGCCUGACCUGUGCGGCAUCUGCGACGUGGCGCGCAGGAACGCCAUUUGCACGCCGUGCGGCCACCAGGCCGGCUGUGCGGGCUGCCUCAAGACCAUCAUGCACACGUCCAAGGCCUGUCCGAUGUGCCGCGCACCCGUGCGCUCCAUUCUAAAGGUCUAUUAG